GGGUAUUCAACAUCGAUCCCGCAGAUGCGCCGGAAGAAAUUUCAGUGGACGUGCUUUGAAUAACUUCAUCCCGGAAAGAACUGCGGUUCCUCUUGGUGAUGAUUGGUGCAUGCGAUUUGGCGCUUGCAUCAGAGCACCCACUCGCCUGGUACUCGUUUACAGCUCUGUCGAUUGUCUUUCCACCAUAUUCGAGGUGGAACUACCGCACAAAUCAAUGUUCUUCCGACUGGACCGGCUCUCGAAUUCCGACUGUCAUCCAUCCGGUGGAAUGCGUAGGAAUCUCGCCCUUGCCUGCUGGAAUCAAGAUACGUGGCAAGCCUGCACAGAUCUGUCGGAGAACGCCUCUCAAUCUGGUGACCAAUCAUUGUGGUCGCUGGAUAUGGAUCGAAUGUACAAGAACGAUCCGCUGAGCAAGAUCGUCAAGCGGUCCUGUAUUGGCUCAGUUAUCCUUCGGAGAAUGAGGCGGAGGUUCAGGCAAAGAAGGCUUGGACGCGUUUGGGACUGACCCAUCCGGGGUUCUAGCAGCAGACCGCGCUAGCAGUUCUAGCCGUGUUCAUUGUGUCGC